UUUUCUUUUUCCCAUUUAAGAGAAAACACACCACUCUUUUGACUGUACUUAAUUCCUCAAAAUCAAUUACUUCUGUUUUAUGCUUCAUGGAUCCGCUUUUCUCGCUUCUUCGCCACCAUAUCCCACAAGCCUUUUAGCUUUUUGCUCUGGGAACUUGUCUAGCUAUCUCUUUCUGUAAGAUAAGAGUGUUCGUUGUACUUCUUCUUCCUGUCAUUUUCAUUCUGAUUUUGUAUUCCAAGACAAGUCUCCAAAGAAAAAAGUAAUGGGCAGGGAAUGGUAUUGGGGUGGUGGAAAAUCCUCCAAGCGAGGCGGUGCUGCUGCCCAUGGAGGAGAGAAAGAAGCCUCCUCUUCUGGUUGCAUGAAUGCUGUCUUUCAGUUCUUUGAUUUCCACCACUUUCAGUUUCCUUUACACCAUCAACAACCCUCUUUUGACUCCUCCUUUAUCCUCCCUGAAGAACCCACCAUUCCCAAAGGAGCUGAAGCACCAAGAAACAGCCUGCAAUCAGAGGAGCUUUUGUUGGAGCAUAUUACUAGAGAAAGAGCCGUAGAAGAAGAAGAAGGAAGUUUAAUACAUAUCCCAAUGGGUAUCAAAAUUAGAACAAAUGGACGCACAGGAUCAAACGACUCUUGCUCAGAAGUCAGCGGUUCUCCUGGAACCAAGACUCCAAAUUUGGUAGCCAGGCUUAUGGGUCUCGACCUACUCCCCGAAACCCAAUCACCUUCUUCAGCACGUUUACAACCUCUUCGGCGCCCCCGUCAGCCGCUCCAGAGCCGACCAAAAAAAAGCCUAGACAAAGAUAUUACGGGUACACAGUCUUUGCCGGAGACGCCGAGAAUAUCCUCAGCCAGAAGGUCCGACGUCGAGCACAGGCUGUCGCUUCAGAUCAACAAAGAGAACUCGAGCGCCGGCGAAGACUUGGAGUUUUCUCGGUUUUCGUAUCUGAGAAGGAAAGAUCAGCUCGGAGUAGUCGAAGACGACAAUAACAGAAGUAGUAGUCCAAGCCAGUACGCUAGGCAAAUUGUAAAGCAGAUGAAGGAAAAAGUUGGCAGGAAAGUUGGGGUUGACAUCACAAACACCAUCGCCAACGCCAACGCCAGAGAUCAAGGAUCCAGGAAGUUCUCAAAGGCGUUCGCCGGUAAAGUCAAUGUAGAAGAAUAUUCAAGCCCAGGGAAGCAGCACUCAACGUCUUCUUGGUCUCCAAGGCUCAGAUUCUUGGAUCCCAAGACCAAACAAAGCACAACACCACCAUCUACCAAAGAUAGGUCGGUUUCUCAUUUUUCAAAAACGUCGUCGUUGUCGUCUCAACCAUCUUCACCAGUGGUCCAUGUUCAGCCGAAACCUCAAACGUUGCAGAAGCAGCAGGUGCUGUCGGGCCAGAAGUCGGUCCAGAAAUCUAAAAAGAUCGCCGGUGAAAGGUUCGGUCAAAGGCUAAAGAAGCCUCCACAGACGUCGGAUAUAGUCCGAAACAAGCAAGAAGAACCAUUUGUUCGUCCUACAACACCCCCCAGGGCUAACACCCCAGACAAGAAAUGCAAGAAAAUCCCCUUGUCUAAUGAUCUUCUCCCUGUCAAGAAAGACCCUUCACCACCCGCAACCAGAAUUCCUCUCAAACAGGGUCAGGUAUGUGAAGACCAAAAAACAAGAUAUAGGUCACAGUCAUCUAGUUGUUCGAGGCAAACGUACAAACAGGAAGCGACGCGCAUGCUCACGGCCCGAGAAAGCGAUAACGGUGUCUCCACCACCGGAGCAAGCGCAGCAGAAUAUCAGUUCGUUGCCAAUAUACUAAGCCGUACUGGGAUACAGAAAGAUUCCUUGGUGUCCUUCUCUAAUUGGUUCUCCUCCUCCCAUCCCUUGGACCCAUCAAUCUUCCAACAACUCGAUGAUUAUUAUCCUUGCGCCACCGUGGCUGCUAACAAAAGAUUAUUAUUAUUCCAUCUCGUUGAUGAGCUUUUGGGUGAUAUUUUGAAGCCGUGGGGUAGCUCUAUUGGGGGUGGUGGUUGUCGCAUGCAAGGGGCACAGCUAAUGGAGACAUUGUGCGCCAAAAUUCGGAGCUUCCCAUGUGUAGACUGUCGUGUCCUUGAAGACAUUGAUGGGUUGAUUGAGAAGGAUUUGCCGGAAGUUAGGCUAAUGGCGUUUGAGGAGGAGGGAGAGGAGAUGGUGAGGGAGAUUGAGAAGGGUAUAGUGGAGACGCUCGUGCAUGAAACGGUUGUGGAGUUUUGGUGAAACGGCGACGUCUAGGGGCAGGGGGGGCAGAGGGGUCACAUGGGUCUUUCACGUGAUGAGAUGCUCUGCAUUGCUGUCGGUUGGGCUGCGGUGGGCCUCUCUCCCUGUUUGGGAGGGUUCCACGUGGGAUCUAGCUCCCGACAGCUCUUGCUUUUUGAUUGGUUCUCAAAAGACAUUACACUGCCAGAGCCCGAGGAAUCCAUUACCUCUCUCUCUCUCUCUCUCUCUCUCUCUCGAGCCUUUGUAUAUUGUAUUCUCUCACUUUUUCUUCCUUUUUUUUUUCGUUAAUUCUUAGCAAUAUUGUCUCUCUCCCUGUUUCCCUUUUUUAUUUUUAUAUUAACUCCUCAAAUUAUAUACAGUAGUAUAAAGAACUUCGAAAUCCCUGGUAGCUAGGGUCCCAUAGUCUGGUGUUGUUCCUGGUGUAAACAAUUUCUAAUUUGCUCAAUGUGAUGAU